AUGAUAGAAAAGCCUAUGACAUAUAUGUUUCAUAACGAAGCUCCCACAGUACAAGCUGGACCAAAUUUGCCACCACUACCCAAAUACAAUCCAUUAGAGGAUGUCACUGCUUUGGAAAAGGCAAUUGAUGCAAAAGAAGUUGAUAAUGGAACUAUUAUUGAUAUUCUAACUAAAAGAACCAAUGAACAACGUCAAGAGAUUAAAGAAUUCUACAAAAAACAAACAGGAAAGUCUCUGGAAGAAUCUUUAAAAAAAUCCCUCUCCGGUAAACUUGAAUCUGUCAUCUUGGACAUGAUGAAAACCCCAGCACUGUUUGAUGCACAACACCUAAAAGCGGCAACAAAGGGUCUUGGGACAGAUGAGGAUGUGCUCAUUGAGAUAAUUGUGACAAGAAGUAAUCAACAAAUAAAGCAAAUCAAGAAAGUCUACAAUGAAGAAUAUAAAACUGAUCUUGAAAAGGAUAUCACUGAUGACACAUCUGGAGAUUUUCAGAAGGCUUUGCUGACUCUUUUGAAGGGUGAACGUAAUGAAGAGUGCUAUGUUAAUGAAGAACUUGCUGACAAAGAUGCCAAGGCACUGUAUGACGCUGGAGAAAAGAACAAAAAAGCAGAUGUUUCUGUGUUCAUUGAAAUUUUCACCCAUCGAAGCUUUCCACAUUUAAACAAAGUGUUUGAAAGGUAUGCCACUUACAGCAAACAUGAUCUGAACAAGGCCCUGGACUUGAAGCUAAAGGGGGAUAUUGAGCGCUGUCUUGUAGCUAUUGUGAAAUGUGCUGUCAGUAAAGCAGGUUAUUUUGCAGAAAAGUUGCAUCUUGCAAUGAAGGGUUUGGGCACCCGUGAUAAAGUUCUAACAAGGAUAAUUGUGUCACGCGCUGAAUUCGACAUGAAAGCUAUAAAAACGCAGUAUAACAAGCUUUAUGGCAACCACUUACGUGAUGACCUCAUGAAUGAAACCAAAGGAGAUUAUGAAACUGUUCUUAUUGCCCUUAUCAAUUAUGAUUAAUCUUGUCAGAGGAAGAAGCCACAGUGUCUUCCACAUACAGUAAAUCAGUAAGAAGAAAGUAUUUGAGUACAGUACACACAUACUGUAAAUGUCUGUCUUCACUACCUUAUGUAAUCAUUUUUAAAUAAGAUAUUGAAUUUAUUGCAUAUACACUCAAAAUGUAAGAAUGUUAUUUUAUAAUGCAAAUUGUUUCAUGUAUACACAUGCUCUGUAACAACCAAUUUACGAAUGCAUUGUUUUAUAUACAGCGGAUAAAGUAUGAAUAAAAACAAUUAAAGGCUUUGUCUUA